AUGGAUCUCAUGGAGAUGUGGAAGUUGAUAUACCAGGAAGAGCUACCCCUGGAUAUCGGUCCCGUCAGGGAGCUACUGGAGAUUUACAGUGGCAUCGAACCGGCCGACAUCGAAUCGCAUCUGUACGCCAUUCGAAAACAAGCGUGGACUGCGACUCGAUAUCCCUGCGUCGGCCGAUGGCGAUUCCUCUACCUCGAUCCAGCUAGCGAUGCUCGACACCAACAAGCGUUCUCACGGUUAAGAUCGUGGUGGUCAAGCGAUGUAUUACUAGACCUCGGGUGCGGCGUCGGCCAAUCCCUCCGCCAAUUCGCGUACGGCGGGAUCCCCCGCUCGAAACUAAUAGGCCUCGACAUAAACCCUACAUUAAUCGAGAUCGGCUUCGAGCUCUUCCGCGACCGGAGGAGAGCCCCCGCGAAUUUCGUCGUAGGCGACAUGAUGGACGAAGCCGAUGAGGCCCUCGAGCGCGUAGACGGCCGCGUAUCGAUAAUACACGCCUCCAACUUCUGGCACUUAUUCAGCUGGCCGCAGCAACUGGCCAUGGCGAUGCGUCUGGUCAAGUUUUUCAGGGUGGGCGAGAAGCGCGCCAUGAUAUACGGGCGGCAGGUGGGCACGGCCAAGGCGGCGAAUCAGUCGAAGAGCGGGGGGUCGUACCUGCACGACCAGAAGUCGUUCCAGAGGUUAUGGGACGAGGUCGGGGCUGUGACGGGGACGACGUGGAGGGUUGAGAUGGAGUUUCUGGAGGAGCGGUUGGCGAAGAUUCCGGGCUUUGGGGGGGAGCCUGUUGCGGCCAGAUAUGGCGUGUACCAAAUAAAAUAG